AUGGCCACCAUCGCCGCCAAGGACCAGGUACGGGUCACCCAGACCGAAAGGGACCCCGAAACCAAGCUGGGCCCCGAGAGUUCUACCACCUCUGUGAACACCAUCCCGCCACUUGGGGUACCUCGACAGGAGAAGCGGUUCUGGUUUCAAAGGACGGCAGAGUACGACGCCGACGCCGUCGCCACACAGCCCAGCGUUUUUGACGACCCAGACACAGCGAAGAACUACCUCCCACCACCGGAAUGGGAGAAUACUCACAGAUUUGACCCCUUGGCACGGUGGACCUGGCGCGAGGAGUACCGGCUUGUGCGUAAAGUCGACUUCCGGAUCAUGAUAUGGGCCUGUAUCAUGUUCAUGGCUCUCGAGCUCGACCGAGCAAACCUUGGCCAGGCUCUGACGGACGACUUCCUCAAGGAUCUCCACUUAACCACGGAUGACUACAACCUGGGCAACACCGUCUUCAAGCUCGCUUUUUUGUGUGCCGAGCUCCCGUCCCAGCUGGUUUCCAAGUGGAUGGGCCCAGAUCGCUGGAUCCCAGCCCAGAUGACACUGUGGAGUAUUGUAGCCAGCGCCCAGUUCUUUUUGUCUGGACGGUCGUCCUUUAUCGCCACCCGCGCGUUGCUGGGAAUGCUCCAGGGGGGUUUUAUUCCCGAUGUGAUAUUGUACCUCUCGUACUUUUACAAGCAUCACGAGCUUAGUUUGCGUCUCGGUUUCUUCUGGACAGCCAUGAGUAUCGCCGACAUUCUGUCAUCGCUGCUUGCGUACGGAAUCUUGCACAUGCGUGGUGUCCAGGCCUAUUCCGGCUGGAGGUGGCUGUUCCUGCUUGAGGGACUGUUGACUCUCGUCAUCGGGCUUUUUUCAUUUCUGCUGAUGCCGGCAGGGCCGAGCCAAACCGCAAGCUGGUUCCGCGGCAAGAAUGGAUGGUUCAGCGAGCGUGAGGAAACGAUUAUUGUAAACCGGGUAUUACGUGAAGACCCGAGUAAAAGUGAUAUGCACAACCGCCAGCCCAUCACCCUCGGCCUCCUGUGGCAGAGUCUCAAGGAUUACGAUCUCUGGCCGCUAUACAUACUGGGACUCACAUUCCAGAUCCCAAUGACACCACCUGCCCAGUACCUCACCCUAAAUCUCAGGAGUCUGGGUUUUGAUACCUUCCAGACGAACCUGCUUGCGAUCCCUUACACUGUCGGCCAUAUCAUAACCAUGCUUGGGUUGACUUACCUUGCCGAAAUUCUAGGCGAGUUGACAUUGCUCGCUGGGUUCGGGCAGGUCUGGGCGCUGCCGUUUCUGAUCUACCUCAACGUUGCCGACACGGCCAACGCUAGCCGCUGGGUGAUCUAUGCUGUCACCACACUCUUGCUCGCCUAUCCCAAUGCCCAUCCCAUCCAAGUCGGAUGGAACUCCCGCAAUUCCAACACGGUUCGGUCACGGACAGUAUCUGCCGCCUGCUACAACAUGUUUGUGCAAGCCAGCGCUCUUAUCUCUUCCAAUAUCUACCGCUCUGACGACGCACCCCUCUACAACCGCGGAAACAGACAGCUCCUCGCCAUCGCUUGCAUGAAUAUUGUUAUCUACGGCCUCGUUAAGGUAUACUAUGUCCGCCGUAACAAGCAGCGCGACACCAAAUGGAACGCCAUGACACCCGAGGAGCGGUUGCACUACCUUGCUACGACAACUGAUGAAGGGAACAAGAGGCUGGAUUUCCGGUUCCAGCAUUAG